GUCCCCAGCCCUGAGUGCCACAUCCAGGUGGCCUCCUGAAGGUUUUUUCCACAGGCACUCCAGAGCUUUCCAGCUUGCACUGUUGGUGCUUUAAUGUCAUUUCGGAUCCGGCAAAUUCCCAAUAUUCCCAAGCAGUUCUCCCAGCUUUCAAGAACUGAAAUCAUGGAAUUGUGGAGUCAUUUUGGUUGGAAAAGAUCUCCAGGAUCAUCAAGUCCAACCAGGACUGUCCCAAACCACGUCACCAAGUGUCACAUCCACUCGUUUUUUGGACACUUCCAAGGAUGGAGACUCCACCACUUCCCUGGAAAACCCAUUCCAUGCCUGUCCACUCUCUAUCAGUGAAGGAAUUUUUCCUAAAAUCCAACCUGAACCUCCCCUGGCACAGCUUGAGGCCGUUUCCCCUCAUCCCAUCGCAAGAUUCCUGGGAGAACAGGCCCAACCCAAAACCUCCUUCCAGGGAAUUUGAGGAUUUUUCCUCGUGCAAGAAUGGAGCGGCAACAAACGAAGCCGAGGAUUGAGGUGAGAAGCCAAGGAGAGGAGAUAAAAAGUGGGAUAAAAAUCCGUGGAACUCAUCAGCACAGGACGUGGAGAACGUGGGAAAAACAAAGGAAAUGGUUCAAAACUUGAAGAUUCCCAGAAGUUCCUGCAGGGUGGUGGUGAAUAGAAGCACAUUCCAAGGAGCUCCAGGAAGUCACUGAGCUCUGGAUCCCUGGAUUGUGGAAGGAUGGAGCUGUCUCCAUGUGCUUUUCCUGCUCUCCCACUCCCCUUAUCCCUGGAGGAAACACCCCCCGACCUCUGCCUGCGGCUCCCGCGUCGUUCCCUCAUCCCUCGCUCCCAACAUCUGCUGCCUCUGCAGGAAUAUUUCCCUGGCACCAGCUGCAGCUCCCUGGCAGCAUGAGAAGCAGCAGGGUUGACUCCCAGCUCCUCGAUUUUUCCCAGGAUCUGCAGGAUUUUCCGUGUGUCCUGGAGUGCUCAGCUCCUUUCCCAUCUCUGGUGAGGCUUCAGAGGAUGAAACACCUCCAAAACCGCUGGAUUUUGGAUGCUCCCCUUUCCUUUUGUCUCCUGUGGACCAGGUGAGGGACUCUCCAGGCCCUGUGCUGACUCCAGGGAUUUCCGGGAGCUGCUUCCCGAGGGGAAUGUUGUGUGCCCAGAUCCUUGUCCUGGCAGUGGCCGCGGGGCCCUUCGGAGCUGGGGCUGCUCAUGAAGCCUGCAGGACAUCAGAGGUGGCCGAUGUUCUGUUCCUCGUUGGGCUGUCGGAGGGCGCAGGGACAGAGAGCUCCCGGCUGCUCCGGGAUUUCAUCGGGAGCGUGGCCAGAUCCUUCGAGAACACGGAGAUGGGAAGAGGAGGCGUCCGGCUGGGCCUGGCUCUGUACGGGGAGACACCAAGGAUGAGCAUUGAGCUCACGGAUUACGGGACCAUCAAAGAAAUGCUGGAUGCAAUUCGGGAUCUCUCCUCCAAAGGCAGCAGCCUCCAAACAGGCUCAGCCCUGGCGUUUGCAGCUCAGGCUUUGUCCCACCAGGACAUCCUGAGAGAGGAGGCGGCAAAGGUGCUGGUUGUGCUCACGGAUGGGAAAUCCAGCGAUUCCGUGGAAGAGGGAGCCCAGGUCCUGCAGGAUGGGGGGGUGACAGCGUUUGCUGUGGGGAUUAAGGAUGCUGACAAGAACGAGCUGGGCAGGAUUGCUUCAGAUCCCGCUGCGGAGCACGUGCUUUACGUGGAAGAUUUCCAGCUGCUCCCAAACGUGGCUCCCAAACUCUCUCGGAGGCUCUGCUUCACCGCCUCAGAGCCACCACGUCCUGUCAAGCAGAGGGUGCAAGCUGAGCAGAUCCUGGGCCCCCGGGAGCUGCGUGUCAGCGAGCACAGCCACAGCUCCCUGAGGCUCUCGUGGGUGGCAGCCACGGGCAGGGUGACAGGGUACCAUGUCCAUGUCCACCCCUCGCUGCCCCCGGGACAGCCGGACCCCGAGCACCAGCGACAGAUGGAGGUGGAUGGGGACACAACCACGGUGCUGGUGACAGAUCUGAAGCCCAGCACCAAAUACGUGCUCACGGUGAGGGCCAGCUAUGGAGGGACCCUCGGGGAGCCGGCAGCCGUCAAAGGGAAAACAACUCCAGUGCCUCCGGUCACCAAUUUCCGUGUGAUAGAAGAAGGACUUUUCAGCCUGAAGGUGGCUUGGACACCUCCCCUUGGCAAACUGGAGGGCUACAAGAUCUACAUCCCCAGGGCCAACAAGCCCGGGACGACCUUCGAGCAGAUCCUGCGGGGCGACGUCUCUUCCCACGUGCUGGAAAACCUGCAGGAGGACCGGGAAUACAGCAUCAGCAUCUAUGCCGUGUAUGCUGAGGGCCCGAGCCAGCCCGUGGCUGCUCUGGGAAGGACACUGAAGCUCCUGCCUGUGGAAAACCUCCUGCUGCAGAACGAGACCACGGACACGCUGCAGGCCCGGUGGAGCCCUGUCCGGGGAGCAACGGGAUACAGGCUCACCUGGGCAUCAGCAGAGGGCAGCAUCCAGGACGUGACCCUCGGCAGCUCCUACAGCUUCUACAUGAUCCAGGGGCUGGAACCAGGCACAGAGCACACGGUGACCAUCAACCCCAUCUUUGGGGACAUCGAGGGGCCAGUGGUGAGCGGCAAAGCCACCACGGUGGCAUCCAGCACUGUCCAGAUGCUGAAAGUGAGCGAGAUUUCCAUCAACAGCCUCCUGGUGUCCUGGGAUUCGGUCGCGGGGGCCACCGGCUACAGAGUGGCCUGGGGUCCAACACCAGAAUUCUUUGGCAAGGACCGUCCUCAUCACCUGGCCCUCAACAAGUCGGUGACGUCCCACCAGCUCCGCAGCCUGGCCCCCGACACCGAGUACGUGAUUUCCCUGUCCGUGCUCUUUGGCUCCGGGGAGGGCCCCGGGAUCACCACCUCGGCCAGGACAGAUCCUCUGGGAUCCGUCUCCAACUUCAAGGUGAUGUCCCACACCAGCACCAGCCUGUCCGUAGCCUGGAGUGCAACAGCUGCUGCCACCAAAUUCAAACUCACCUGGAGCCCCGUGGGAGCAGGUAAAGGAAAACAGGUUGCCAGGACUCAGUACCUGGGCAGCCGAGUGUUGGCUCACCGGAUUGACCACCUGAUGCCCAACACCCUGUACAGGGUCAGUGUCCGGGCUGUGUUCAGCAGGACCGAGGGGCCGGAGGUGACCCUGACUCACCACACAGCUCCUCCUGGAGAUUCCCACCCCAUCCCGACCAUCCAGGACCUGAGGGUUACUGACACUGGUGUAAACACUUUGAAGCUGGCUUGGAAAAAGCUUCCUGGGAUAAGUAACUACAAGAUAUCCUGGGUGCCAUCCAACAGUGACUCGGAAUCCUCCCAGCUGGUCCCGGCAGAGGCCGUUGCCUUCACCAUUCCCAAACUGAAGGACAACACCACCUACACCAUCUCCGUGUCUGCAGUGGGAAGGGGACAGGAGGGAAACCCCACGGUCCUCACAGCCAAAACCUUGGAUUUGCCCAAAGUGAUGGGAUUCACCGUGCAGGAGGCUGCGGAUUCCAGCAUUUUGUUGUCCUGGGGGGCUGUUCCUGGAGCAUCCCUGUAUUUACUGACGUGGGGAUUGUCCUCAGCUCCCGCUCUUUCCCAGGAAUUGUUACCAGCAGCUUCCCGAUCGUAUCGAGUGACAGGGCUGAGCUCCAAGGAAACGUAUUUGUUUUCCAUAAAACCAGUGUUUGGAGACGUGGAGGGACCGGAGACAGCGCUCCUUGGACAAACAGCAGGACCUCCCAGAGAGCCGCCAAGCGCUCCAGUGGCUCCUACACCACUGGAUACAAGGAAAUCUCCAUCUGGAUCUCCCAGCAGUGUGGGGACCACUCCUCGCCCAGUGUCCACCAGCACAAAGCUCCCAGAGGCUCCAGUAUGGACCAGUGCGGUGUCGGCCCCGCUGACAACCCUGCCUGGGCCAAUUUGUGGGAAGCUCAAGGCAGACGUUGGGUUCCUGGUGGAUGAAUCCUCGAGUAUCGGCCAGAGCAACUUCAAUAAAGUGAAGGAUCUCCUCUUCCGGAUCGUUUCCUAUUUCCCCAAGAUUGGGCCUGAGGGGAUACAGGUUGCUGUUGCUCAGUACAACGAGGAGCCCAGGGCAGCUUUUCACUUCAACCAACACCGCGACCGCAACGGAGCCCUCGGAGCCAUCAAAGGGCUGAGCUACACCGGAGGCAACACCAAAACAGGCCAUGCCCUAUCCUACGUGCUAAGGGAAUUAUUCCAGCCUUCCAGAGGGAUGAGGCCGGGUUUUCCUCACAUCCUGGUGCUCGUGACCGAUGGACAAUCCCAGGAUGACGUGUUACCCCCAGCCAGAGCAGCCCAUGCUUUGGGGCUCCGUGUCAUUGCUGUGGGUGUGUCGGGAGCUGACCCCACGGAGCUCCACCGGAUCUUGCUGCAGCAGAACCCCCAGGACGUUUUCUAUGUCAGCACCUUCGACGACUUCCCCCAAAUCCUCCAAGAGCUGAUAGAAGCCAUUUGUUCUGACCCUCAGCUUCCAGGGAUCCAAAUCCCACUGGGAAAGGGCUCCAGGGGCUCAGCACCUCACAGGGGUUCUGACCCCCACGGCUUCACCGUGAAGGGAGAGAAAGGGGAGCGGGGUCUCCCUGGGAAGGACGGCAUUCCUGGGCUGCCGGGUAGGCCGGGCCGGCCAGGGCCUCCAGGUCCCCCUGGAAUCAUGGGGCUCCCUGGCAGCCAAGGUGACACUGGAUCUCCAGGCUACCCAGGACCAGCAGGGCCAAAAGGAGACAGAGGAGAGCCGGGCUAUGUCCUGGGAGGAGUGGAGGUGAUUCCUGGCCGGAAUGGGCAGCCUGGCCCCCCUGGGCAGAAGGGGCAGCCGGGGGUUCCUGGGGUUCCGGGUUCUCCAGGUUCUCCAGGGCCACCAGGGAUCUCUAUCAAGGGUGAACCAGGGGAUUCAGGAAUCAGGGGUCCCCGUGGGAGGAGUGGCCUCAAAGGUGACAGAGGAGACGCAGGAGAGCCGGGAAAACCUGGUUUGCCGGGCCCUGUAGGGCCCCAUGGGGUUCCUGGACUUCCUGGACCAAGAGGAGAAAAGGGAAUGGCAGGAAUUGGCAUUCCCGGCACUGCUGGUGUGAAGGGAGAAGAAGGAGAGCAGGGAAUGAUGGGACCUCCAGGAGCACCAGGACCAAAGGGAAUCCCAGGACCUCCAGGGCAGAAGGGAGACCAAGUUUUGGGACCUCCAGGCAAGAAAGGUGUCAGGGGAGAUCCCGGACCAGCUGGACCACAAGGAGACAAAGGAAUCCCAGGAGAAAAAGGGGAGAAGGGAAGUCCAGGAUUUGGAAUUCCUGGCCAGCCUGGGCUAAAGGGAGACAUUGGUGACAGGGGAAAUGUGGGAUUGUCUGGGAAGCCAGGUCAGAAGGGGGAGAGAGGUGAACCGGGAUUCCCUGGAAAACCAGGAGAGGCCGGGCUGAGAGGAAAAGAUGGAGAAGCUGGAGUCCCUGGAGAGCCAGGAGUGAGAGGAAUCAGGGGUCCUCCUGGACUCCCAGGGCGACCUGGAGAGCAGGGAAUGAAAGGAGAUCCAGGAGAACCCGGGAAGGACGGAGAUCCUGGGAAGGACGGCCUGAGAGGUGAAAGGGGCCCCCCAGGCCCAAAGGGAGAACCCGGCCCACCAGGAAAAGGAGUGGAAAUGAAGGACCUGGAGAGGCUUUUUGAAGUGUAUGGGAUCAAGCUGGCGCUGCUGAGGGACCUCUCCAACGCGAUGCUGCGGGAUGGGCUGGAUGGGCUCCUGUGGCACCGGGGUGGCUCUGGGACAAGCGAAACUUCCGGGGAAAACCAGGCAGCCGUGCCUGUCACCGAUCCACUGGUGUCCGACACUUCCCACCGUGUCCCGGCCGGCACCGAGGUGACAGGAGGACAGAGCCUGGAGCUGGAGGUUCCGGAGGUGUCACAGUCUGGAGCAUUCCCUGAGAGCUUGGCUGUGCCCCCACCACAUCCAGAUGAUCCGCAGGGAAACCAUUCCCUGGAGCUCCUCCAGCCCUUGGAGGAGAGGCUGGAGGGACAACCUCAGCAGGACACCAGCCAGGAAAACGGGAAUUCCAGCAAUGGCUCCGCAAUCCCAAGGCACAGAUCCAGGAGAUCUCCCAGGCAUGAGAGACACUCCAUAAAGAUCCCAUUCCAAAGCCAUCCCUGUGAUGCAGGAGGAAGCAGUGACCCUUCCCUGGUGGCUCCAGCACCGGCUCAUCCCCCCGGUGCUCCGGGAGCUCGGAAAUUCCCAUCUGGAUCCACGGCACAUCCAGGCCCUCAUCAUCCGAGGAGAAUUAAGAAGGACAGAAGUGGCCCAGCUGAUCCCUUCUCCCACAGCCCAAAGGGAGAAAUGGGAGCUCCUGGAGCCCGUGGAGACAAAGGAGAAAAGGGACAGCCUGGGGACGUGGGAGAACCUGGAGAGAAGGGCACCAAGGGAGACCGAGGGGAAGAAGGUCAAAAGGGAGAACCAGGAAUUGGGUUCAGAGGUCCCAUCGGCCAGGCUGGGCCACCAGGAUUUAAGGGUGAGCCAGGGGCCCCGGGACCUCCAGGAGCUCAGGGCAUCCAAGGAAUUCGCGGCAACGCCGGCACUCCCGGAUCCCAGGGGGACAGAGGGGCUCCGGGUGUGCCCGGAAUUCCAGGACAGAAGGGGGAACAUGGGAGGAGAGGCCGGAAUGGAUUUCCUGGGCCUGUGGGACCAUCGGGAUCCCCAGGAAAAGAGGGAAUUCCCGGGACACCUGGACCCAAAGGGAACAAGGGAGAAGUUGGCGUUGGAGCCGCUGGCCCGAGAGGUCCCCGUGGAUUCCCUGGCUCUAGGGGUGACGAGGGCAUCGUGGGAAUGCGGGGUCCCCCUGGAAUGAUGGGUCCAAAAGGCUUCCCAGGAGUGAAAGGCCAAAGAGGUGAUCGGGGACUUCCGGGACCAAAGGGAGAACGAGGUGAGUCCGUGACCGUUUUCGGACCCCAGGGCUACAAAGGCACCAAAGGAGAUCCCGGCGAGCAGGGACUGCCAGGUUUCGAUGGAGACAAAGGCGAGAAGGGAGAGGACGGACCCGUAGGAGAAAAGGGAAUCAAAGGAGAAGCUGGUUCCAAGGGAAUGAUGGGACUUUUCGGGAGCAGAGGACCCGUGGGACAGAAGGGGGAGCCAGGAGAACCGAGCUCGCCGGGAUCUGCCGGUGCAGCAGGGCUGGAUGGGAAGAACGGGAUCAAGGGAGCCAAAGGUGACAGAGGACUGCAGGGGCAGAAGGGGAAGCCGGGAGGGAAAGGUGACCCUGGGACCGCUGGUGACGCCGGGCAGAAAGGGACCAAGGGAUUGCGAGGGCUUCCAGGCCGGAUCGGCGCUCCCGGAGCCAAAGGCACCAAGGGAGAAAUUGGCAGUCCUGGAAAACCGGGAAUUCCGGGAUCAAAUGGACGACCCGGAGCAAAGGGUGAACCGGGAGCCUCAGGGAAAGACGGCGCCUCAGGAAUUCCUGGGGAGAAAGGAGAAAAGGGAGCCAAGGGAGUUCCUGGAUUGGGAGGCUUCAAGGGACAAACGGGAUGGCCUGGGAAGCCUGGAGGGGCCGGAGCACCUGGACCUCGAGGGCCACAGGGUGAGCCAGGACCACAGGGGAAGACGUGACCUCUCCGUGAAGAGAUAAUUCCAAGUGCUCAGGACAUCCAGUUGUUAAUUAUCCCGGGAUCAGGAUGCCAAGGCUCGGGAAGGAGCCGCUGGCUCUCAGCUCCCGUUUUUAAUGAAUAUUUUUGCAUUCCAGCCACGCUGGGCACCUUCAGAAACGUAGGGAAAGAAGCUUGGAAAUGAGAUGUUAAUUCCAUCGAUGAGCAGGAUCACCCUGCCCUGGAAGUUUUCUUGAGACAGCUUGGAGAAAUGAAGAACUUUCCGAGGGAAAAAGGGCUGGAAAUGAAAAUUUCCUCCGUGGUUUUGCUGGGAGAGUUUCAGGCUUGGAUUAAAGAAUAUAGAAAUUAGCUGGAAAGUCCAAGAGUAAAAGGAAAGUUGGAAUAAAAGAAGCUGAAAAACCAAAUUUUAUCCACACUAUUUCAUCCUGCCGAUGAUUGCGGUAAUUUGGAUUUUGGAGGAUGGAAUUUGGGAUAAUUACAACCCCAAAUUUUGUGGGAAAAUCUGAAGGAGGCUGGAUCUCAUCAAAUCCACUCUCCUGGAUCUCCGAGGUCUCCUUGUCCUACAGAUCCUUGCAGGAAUUCUGACAUGGAUGGGUCACUAAAAAAAAAAAAUCUCUAUUCCACCUCAUUCCAGUGGAAUUUUCCUGCUUUUUUUUCCCAGCCGAUAUCCUUUGGCAACUUUUACACCACAUCAGCUCCAUCAGGAUCAAAUACCGACGGGAUUUUGGCAAAUAUUCCAUGAGAAAUAAUGCUUAAUUAAACGAAUCAAUUAAUUAAAAUCUGCAGGAUCAAUGUCUGGGAGGGGAGAUGUUGAUCAGAACGUGAGGCUGCUCUUCAGAACGCCAAAAAAAAAGUGUGAUUCCAUGGAAUUCACCAAAAACAUGGGAUUUAAGGCAAGAACAGAUGGAGGCAGAGGAAAAAGGAUCAAUUCAGCUGCUCUGAACAACUCAAAUCCAGCAAUUCCCAGAUUUUUUUUUUGUGGCACCUGAUCUCCUUAAUCCACUCAUUUAUCACAAAAUCGACUUUUAAACAAUUCCCAAAUAUUUCUUUUUUUCCCCCCAAAGAGACUUGGAUUUUCUGCCUGCUAAUCGGCCUCAUGGAAGCUGGAUUUUACCUGGAAAAUCCCUCAGGAAAUCGGCAUUUUCCUUACAGAUAAGAGCUUGAAAUCACGGAAUAAAGAUGCUGGAAGCGUGACAGGAAUCUCCAAAAGGAAUUUUGAAGGGUGGUUAUAGGAAGGAGGUGGAAAAAGGUCCUUCCAGAGCAAUAAAAUAGGGAUUCAAUCCAGCUCCAGCCCAUGGAAACAGGAUUAUUCUUCCCCUUGCUCCCCAGGCUGUGCCUUGCCAUGAAAAAUAAAUCAAAGGAAUCGCAGGAGGGAGGAGGGAGCCGAAAGUACAAGAUUCCCUCAUGGAUAUUUAAAAAGGCUGGAAUUUUUUAUGUUAUUAGCGAGCCUGGAAAAGCCUGGCUGGGAUAAUAAAUGGAUUUUUUUUUGGACACUGAUUAAA